AUGACUGAAGACAAAACUUGUAACCAAAAUGUGGAAGAAUUCUUCUGUUUACAAAAAUCGUCACAAAAGAUGGUACAUCAUGACUUAUAUACACCAACAACAUGGCCGGCUGCAUCCAGAGCUCCACCCACUGCUGUAUCCACAGCUCCACUCACUGCUGCAUCCACAGCUCAUGGAUAUAAGUCAGACUGUAACAUGAGAGCCCAGUCAGCCAAUGUUUCUUUGUCUCCCGUGUUCUGGUUGUUCAGAGGAGUUUCAGCCAAGUCAGAGAACAUGGAGACAACUAUUCCACCAGUAUCUUCUUCCAUGAUUGAACAUCUGGCAGCUUCCCAGACAUCAUCUCUUUCAGCGCCCUCAGCUGUAGUUGCUGCUGCCUCCCAUACACCACUGCUAGCAUCCAAAUCUUCCUUGAGGACUGGGGCGCACCCUAGGAAAGAGAGUCUAACAAACUUGGAGCUAGAGAACACAAACCUUCAUAUCACUGCCCAAGAGCAGAUUGGAGUGCCUUUACAUUUCCGGCCACACAUUCAGCGAGAGGGGGAGUUUGUGUGUGGUUGGGGUGCUGCCUUCAUUAAUAUAUGUAUCACGUUUCCUUUGAACAAAAUCAUGUUCCGACAACAGCUUCAUGGGAUAUCUGGCUUAAGAGCAAUUAAUCAACUACGGAAAGAUGGUCCAAGGUUUCUAUAUCGUGGUCUUUUACCCCCGUUGUUACAGAAGUCGUCAUCUCUUUCUGUUAUGUUUGGCAUGUAUUAUAAAUUUCAGGAUUUCUUCAAUGACAGACUACCCAAAAUGAAUAUCUAUAUGAAUCACACACUGGCAGCAAUUGGAGCUGGUACUGUGGAGGCAGUCUUCACACCUUUCGAAAGGAUUCAAGCACUUAUGCAAAGCAGAGAGUACCAUAACAAGUUCAGCAAUACGCUGGAUGCAUUUUACAAUCUCAGGAGUUAUGGGUUGCGUGAAUAUUACAGAGGCCUGACUGCAAUCAUUUGCAGAAAUGGGCCCAGUAAUGUUGCUUUCUUUCUAGGCAGGGAGUACCUCCAGCAUCUGAGUCCGCAGGUCCAGUCUCCUGGGGAGAAGAUGGCUUUGGACUUUAUCAGUGGUGCCUGCCUUGGAGCUGUGAUCAGUACAGUGUUCUUUCCCGUCAAUGUGGUGAAGAUCCGCAUGCAGUGUGUCCUGGGAGGACCUUACACCAGCAUGUUGACCACCUUGAGAACAGUUGUGACCGAGAGGAACGGACUCACUGGACUCUACAAGGGAGUUCAUCUCAACUACAUGCGCUCGUUUAUAUCUUGGGGAAUUAUUAAUGCUUCGUAUGAGUUUCUUAUGAAGAUGUUUUUUAUGAAUGAAUGA